AGCCAAUUUUUUUCCAUCUCCUCUAUUCGUAGAACGUUUCACACUUUCUAUUGUGGUAGUAGUGAAGAACUCUCGAAGAUAUGCGGCUUUUUUCCAAAAAACAAUAGAAAAGAAUUUUAAAAAAUUAAGUUAAUUUUAAGUUAAAACGAAUCUCAGCAGACAUGAAGUUCUCCGAUGCUUUGCGGCGCCUUGAUGCCUAUCCACGCACACUGGAAGAUUUUCGAGUACAAAGUGUUAGCGGGGCCAUAAUUACACUGAUAAGCACAAUUAUUGUGGUAAUAUUAAUAUUCCUGGAAUUUAUGGCAUAUAUGACACCCAAUUUAACCGAAGAUCUCUUUGUGGACACGACACGCACCCACAAGUUGAAAAUAAAUUUAGACAUCACCCUACACAAUUUGGCGUGCAGUUAUGUUUCCUUGGAUGCCAUGGACUCGUCCGGGGAUCAACAUUUACGUGUUGAUCAUGAUAUUUUCAAACAUCGCUUGGAUUUGCAAGGCAAUCCCUUGACAGAAACCGAACCGAUUAAGGAAAUUGUGGCCGUUUCGCCCUCAAAUAAGAAUACAACGUGUGGAAGUUGUUAUGGUGCUGAAUCUAAUAGUACACAUUGCUGCAAUACAUGUGAGGCAGUUUUGGAAGCAUAUCGUGCCAAGAAAUGGAAUGCCCCACUUGAUAAAAUUGAACAAUGUAAGGACCAGUACAACAAACGUUCUGAAGCUGAUGCGUUUAAGGAGGGCUGUCGCAUUCAAGGCCAUUUGGAAGUUAAUCGGAUGGCCGGAUCAUUUCACUUUGCUCCGGGAAGUUCAUUUUCUAUACGGCAAUUUCACAUACAUGACUUUCAAGGGACCAAUGUUAAAUUGGCGCACACAAUCAAUCAUCUCUCGUUUGGGGACAAAAUUGAAUUUGCCACAACACAUCCCUUGGAUGGUUUCAAAGUUCAACCGGAAGAGGAAACCAAAUCGGAAAUGUACAAUUACUAUUUGAAAAUAGUACCAACCGUAUAUGUCAAACCCAAUUCCGCACCCAUCAAUACAAAUCAAUUUUCGGUUACACGUUAUCGCAAGGAUCUGGGCAGCAAGGAACGUGGUAUGCCCGGAAUAUUCUUUAGUUACGAAUUGUCACCGCUCAUGGUGAAAUAUGAAGAGACACAGAGAUCCUUUGGUCAUUUUGCCACAAAUUGUUGUUCAAUCAUUGGUGGUGUUUUUACGGUGGCUGGAAUUUUUGCCGUCUUCUUAAGCAACUCCUGGGAAGUGCUGCGCAAUAAAUUGGAAAUUGGCAAAUUAAGUUAACAACAUGUGCUUGUUAUCAUCAGUCCAAAGGUGCUCAAUUUCCAUUCCUAUUUCACUUCUCUCCCAUUCCCGUUUUGAUAAGAAAGCAAAAAAAAAACAACAAAUGGCUUUUAUGACUAGGCUUUUCCAGACCAAAUACCUCGAAAUUUUAUUUUUUUACUAUUUUUGUAUAAAAAAAUAUGUCGUUUUGUCUACAGAAUCUUCAGAUUUUUUUAAUAAUUCAUGAUAUUUUUCUUUAUUAAGAAUAGUGAUUUUUUGUAUUGAUGUCUUAUUGUUUUUUUUUUUGUAAUAAACAAAAACGAACGCUAGUUCGGAAUUAUGCUGUGUGCGUGUAAA